CACUUCGGAGACCAUUUCCGCGCAAAAAAUAAUAAAAUAAAUAAAUAAAUUAUCUCUCGGAGAGGAGCCGCGUGCACCGCCGCGCCGGGGAAGAGGCCAAGAGGGGGAUCAUCACCGGCGGUGAUCGGGCUGGGCCUUGGGGGAGAUAUGGCGGCGGCGGAGGCGGAGGCGGGGAGGAGGACGCUGGCGCUGGUGAACAUGGCGGCGAUCAUGGAGCGCGCCGACGAGGCGCUGCUGCCGGCGGUGUACAGGGAGGUGGGCGCGGCGCUGCACGCGACGCCCAUGGGGCUCGGCGCGCUCACGCUGUGCCGCUCCUUCGUGCAGGCGGCGUGCUACCCGCUCGCCGCCUACGCCGCCGUGCGCUACAACCGCGCGCACGUCGUCGCCGCCGGGGCCUUCCUCUGGGCCGCCGCCACCUUCCUCGUCGCCGUUUCCGACACCUUCGCCCAGGUAGCGGUAGCGAGGGGAUUGAACGGUGUUGGGCUAGCGCUCGUCACCCCAGCCAUCCAAUCUCUGGUGGCAGACUGCAGCGACGACACCACCCGUGGCUCCGCAUUCGGAUGGCUUCAGCUCACAGGAAACAUCGGUUCGGUGAUCGGAGGAUUGUUCUCCCUCAUGCUAGCAUCCACGACGAUCAUGGGCGUCGCCGGUUGGCGCGUCGCGUUCCACAUCGUCGCUCUGAUUAGCGUGAUCGUCGGCGCGUUGGUUCGCCUCUUCGCGGUGGAUCCUCAUUUCUGCAGCAACAUCCAAGACGACGGUGGUGGUGAUCAGCUACCUCCUCGCAAGUCGCCAUUGGAGGAGAUGAAGGAUCUGGUGGUAGAAGCCAGGGCCGUGGUGAGGAUACCGUCGUUUCAGAUCAUCGUCGCUCAGGGUGUCACAGGGUCAUUUCCAUGGUCCGCGCUGUCGUUCGCGCCGAUGUGGCUGGAGCUGAUGGGAUUCACGCAUGAGAUGACCGGGCUUCUGACGACGAGCUUCGCGUUGGCGAGCUCGCUUGGGGGGCUUUUGGGUGGGAAGAUGGGGGAUCGUCUGGCUGUUCGCUACCCGGAUUCUGGUCGGAUUGUUCUGUCCCAGAUAAGCUCAGCUUCGGCGAUCCCGCUUGCGGCUUUGCUGCUCCUUGCGCUGCCUGAUGAUUCCUCUUCUGGAUUCCUGCAUGGGUUUGUCAUGUUUAUCAUGGGGCUAAGCAUCUCCUGGAAUGGUCCUGCUACUAACAACCCCAUAUUUGCGGAGAUUGUUCCUGAGAGAUCAAGGACAAGUAUAUACGCUCUGGACCGCUCUUUCGAGUCGGUCCUAGCCUCAUUCGCUCCACCGAUCGUCGGGUUCUUGGCGGAGCACGCCUACGGCUACAACCCGGUCUCCUACGGAGCCGGAUCGAGCAGUGACAGGGAGAACGCCGCUGCCCUGGCCAAGGCUCUGUACACCGCGAUCGCCAUCCCCAUGCUGCUCUGCUGCUUCAUCUACUCCCUGCUGUAUGGCACGUACCCGCGCGACAGGGAGAGGGCGAGGAUGGACACCUUGAUCGCGUCGGAGCUCCAGCAGAUCGAGCUGGAGCGGUGCCAUCGGGCAGGAAUAGGAAGUAGGAGAAGCAAGGAUGGCACCGUGAUCGAUGUCGAGUAUGGUGAGGAAGAGUCUGGUGAUGUUGUUGAUGAUGAUGAUGAUGAGAAAGCGUUGAUGCGUUACCAUGUUGAACAGUGUGGCAGUGUUGGCAGGUGACCAAAGGAGUGAUCAGGUCAGAAAAGCUCCUGAACUUCAUGAUACAAUCUGCCAAAAAUUUUCCACGGUUUUUGUACAGGAAACAGAUUACACGGGUUCAGUAAUUCCAGGUCCUAGUUUGCACCAUUGUAGCCAGCUUUUCAGUGAACUAGGAAGGUAGCCCACGCGAUGCGUGGGUAUGUAUUAUAGUUUGUUUUUCAAACACUAUAAUGACAUAAUAUAAAUUGGAGAACAUUUCCGAAAUAUAAAUCGGAAAGUAAUUCCGCACA